CAGUCAAAAGCAAAGUACUAUCUUCAGUUGCUUCCCAUGGAUGCGCUUUAAAGUUUCUUUAAGCCUUUCUGGCAAGCUUGCACCAUGGAUUUCUUUUAUAUGUGAUCUUCCAAAGAAAAAGUUGUUUUUUUUUAAUUGAGGUCCAAGAAACUUUUCCUCAAUAAACUGAUGGAAACAAUAUUUUUUCUUUCAAAUUUGCAUCUAAAGUUAUAAAUUGUUACAUGUGCGAUUAUCUGUUUAUCAAAGCGCAAAGUCUAUGCACUAAAAAGCGGACAAUGUAGGCCUAGGUGUAAAUGAUAAUUAUAUCUAGACAUACAUGAGGACACAAUUCUAACUUCACCAGAAAGAAGACCGAAGACUAAGGGGUCUCACGAAGAACACUCACAAGUGAAAACAACCAGGUGAUAUCAGGCUCUGGAUUCAAUGUAAAGCAAAGAACGAAUGCUAUUUAUAAAAGAAAUAUUAAUGAAUUAAAAAGGUGAGAUAAGUGGUGGAUGCUAGUGGAUAUUUCACUUCUCGGAUUAUCUUGGAUUAUACAUUGACCGUGGAUGCUAGUGGAUAUUUCUCUUCUCGGAUUAUCUUGGAUUAUACAUCGACCGUUGAUGAUAUUGGAUAUUUCACUUUUCGGAUUAUCUUGGAUUGAGCGUAUUGCUAAUGUUGGAACUGUGUACUUCUGACACCAGAAUCUGACUCUGGGUGAAGAGACUAUCGAAACCAACAUGGCGGCGAGUGACGACGAGAACUCAACCACCACCACAGCGCGCGCCCUGGCGCCCCACACGUCGCCCAACACCACCGAGGAGCUGAUCGCCAUACUCGAGCGCCUGUCGCCCCAGAGGGUGCUGGAGAACGUCCCCGCCAUGAUCUUCGUCAGCUUCCUCAUGUUCAUCGGGGUCAUCGGCAACGCCCUGGUGGUGUACGUCUACCGGCGCCGCUUCCGGAAGACGUCCUCCAACUACUUCAUCCUGACCAUGGCCAUCUUUGACCUGAUCGCCUGCGUCAUCGGCAUGCCCACGGAGAUCUACGACCUCAACAACCCCUACACCUUCUACAGCAUGGUCGGCUGCAAGAUCCUGCGCUGGUGCGAGACCUUCACCGUCUACGGCUCGCUCAUCGUCCUCCUGGAGAUCGGCUUCGAUCGUUACUUCAAGAUCUGCCGCCCCCUCAUGAUGGUCAGUUUGUCUAAGAUUAGAUUUCUCUGCGCGAUGGCUGUUGUGCUGGCCGCGUUAGUGUCCAUCCCAGUGAUUCUAUUGUACGGCAUUGACCGAAACCAUACGUCCGUCCCUGGAGUGUACGGCUUUGACUGUUCUAUCUCAGAAGAUUAUAAGAACACCACCUUUCAGAAGGUGUUCUACUCUGUGCUGGGGGUUGUUUUUAUCUUGAUACUCAUUAUUCUAGUCUCGCUCUACAUGCGGAUUUGGAUGGAGAUACGAUGCCGGAGAAGGAUGGUCAUUGGAGAUCAGAUCGCAAAGGAUGACAGCGUCGACUCGAGAAAGAGGCUUCGGAUCAAAUACGUGCCGAGCGUCAGCGAGGACGAGGCUCUGAACAACUCCGUGCAUCAGAGUAACAGCGUCUCCAUGACGGAGCUGCAGAUGAACAGCAGUGGUAAGACGACCUUGACCCAGACGUCCGUGGAGCGGCGUACCAAGAUGCAGUCUAUCGCCAUGUACGCCUCGCGCCUGAAGGUGACACGGACCACGCUGGUCCUCUUCGCCGUCACGGUGGCCUUCGUUUUGAGCUACCUCCCUGCCCUUGCGGUGAUGGUAGUCAGGAGCGUGGUAAAAGACUUUGACCGCAACCAAACUGGCGUUUCCCGGGCGAUCCUCAAGAUCUGCGCCAACUGCAUCUUUAUCAACAACGCCAUCAACCCCAUCAUCUACAGCUUCCUCAACAUCCACUUCCGGCGCCAGGUCAAGAAAACGAUCCAGCGCGUCUUCUGCUGCUUCCACCGAAGGCGUCACCCCCCACAGAAGAUGGACUCUGACCGUAGCACGAAGAAAGAGUUCAUCACGCUUGACUGACUAAAGUGUUGGGGGGACACUUCGUGAGCCUCCCUCAGUCGCACAACUUCGUCCACAGGACAACUACAUCUCCACAGUAAAACAAUAACACUCAAAUAACAACAACAGCACAUAAACAUUACAUCCCAGUCUGGGUCAUGGGCUGAGUCGUUUAAUGGACAAGACGAACCAGGGCGAAACGCUUAGAUGCUACUGCGCAAAAAACGCUUAUCAAUGACCAAUCUGGACAUAACAUAGUAUAAACUAUGGAUAACAAAAUUAGUUCGUUUAUCUGUGCGAAAUGAUGAACUACGAAAUCGAAGUGUUUAAUUAUAAAGGCUUUAAAAAAAAGUGGCCAAUUCUAAUAACAAUGUGAGUUAAUUAGAAGUUAGUUGCGUCUGACAUUGAUCAUUGAUUAAUAUAAAACUAAUGAAGAAAUGGAAAUAUUUGCCAUUUUAAAUUAAUCACAAGUAUGAACUCCCUGCAUACAAUGCUGUAGAGAAAGGGUUCUAGAGAAAGAGUUCUAGAGAAAGGGUUCUAGACCUGACUUGAGACCAACGCUGAAUGGCACACAUUAUAAGAAGAUUGAAAAAGAGAAUUGUACAAAUGUGAUACCUCAUUCUCUUAUUGCAAAGAGCAGACAUUAUAAGAGAAUGCUUUUUAACAAAUCUGAGAAGACUGGAUAUAGCAGCCCGUGUUCAAUGACUUGAAGGGUGCAAACAUUCAAAAUGGGAAACCCAAACAGAAAACUUACAUAAAAUAAUACAUGACAUUACCUCAGGAGUGUCUCCAUUGCAUUCAUUAUGUAAGAAGACAUUCAAUAUUGACAGGUCAUCUCGGCUUUAAAGCUUGGCCUUUAGUGACCUCUCCGCCAUCUGCAAAACAAAAAAUGGAUUGAUUGAUAUGUGUGUUCAAGAUAUGUGUUCUCGAUGACCUUUGCCCAAUCUAGCGCGACAGUCACCGACCUAUAAACUCACUUGCUCGUUUAACUUCAUUCACUAUAUACGAACAGUUCAGAUCAAAGACAUCUGAGAAACGGAGGAAUUUCAUAUACCAACGUUAUCUUUCCAUUGUCUGUAUAGUUCAAAAGGAGUUGAAGAUGUUCUGUAUUUUGGGACAUUUAAAAAUAUUUUACGAAAUUCUGAUUAUUUUUUAAAUUGUUCAGUUUAAUAUCAAUUCUUUAUUCUGGAUGUGAGUUAGUUUGAGGCAUCAACAAUAUGAGCAUAGAACAUCUUCAAAAUAUUAUACAAUCUAGUCACGUGGUUUUGGUAUGUCAAAUGUUCAGAAAAAAUCUCAUCUCGUUCAUGCAUUCAUGGCCGGUGUCCGCAUUCUGCUGUUGCUUUACAAACAUCGUGCGGAUGUCCGGACUGUUUCAAAUAUGUAGAAGACUAUUGAUUUCUCUCAACAUAACUUUGAGUAUGAUCCGGGAAUACUCGCAUCUAGUCUAAAUAUGUUUGUAGAUCUACCAUGAAUUAUUUUAUUUGCUUGUUCAGAAAACAGUUUGACUGAGAGACUUGAACGUGGAACGUGCUUUGUAACAAAAUGUGUAUGUAUUAAGUCAAGUACUAAAUGUGUAGUUUGAUAUACAAACAAAAAGAUGGGAGGAAAGGUCAGGGACGACUCAAAGACAAAGCUGAAUACUCUACACAACAUGGAUCUCUAUACACCACAGCAGAAGGAAAUUAUAAAGCUGUCAAGUGUAGUCUCGAUCCAGGAGUAAACACAUUGGUAGAAGCGAUCAGAAGACUUCGAAUUGAGUUCCACUAAAUCUGUGAGAGAACAUUGAACUAUCAUGUAUUUCAAACCUAUAUUUAAGCUUGACUCAAACGUAAUUAUACAGGUUUAAUGUGUGGCUUGAGAGAUAAAAAUAUAUCAUGUACUAUUGUUGUUUAAAGUGUACAGCAACUAUUGUGAUACUAGUAUUAUGUUCAAAACUCAUAAAUUGUCUUUAAGAUUUUAUUAUCUAUAAUAUGUAAGCAUCCAUGUCAUUCGACGUAUCAUUGUCUUCAUAAUUGUAGUAUAGCUACCAGAGAAAGGAUAGAAUCUCCACCCUUCCCGGGCCACCCAACCCGCCGUUUAGUGUACACAUUGCAUACAUCCGAAAACAUUUCAAAGAGUUGCAAGGAACUUAAACAUUUUUUAGCUUACUCUUUAAUGUAUAGCUCUACAAGAUAGCCAUCAUUCCACUACAUACAACCAAAUACAUUCUACUAUAUUCCACUACAUAAAACAUUAUUACAAAUUUCAAAUACAUACCAAUACAUACCACUUAAUGGCCGCAUGGGUAUGUGAUAUUUCAUCUGGUCUGUUGCUUCGAAGGUCGCGGGUUUAAACCCUGUCCUCCACCAACCCUUCUCGUUGUGAAGAAAAUUAUAAUCUUCAUUGCUGAAGGCGCGUCCGAAAAUGUAUAAGUAUAAUGCCACUCAUACCAUUACACACCACUGCGUACCUCAACAUGCCACAACAUAAGGCUACAUAUCACUAUAUAACACUACCUGACACAGUAUGACACUACAUACAACUUCAUGCCACAACAUGUCACUACAUACCACUAGAUACCACUACAUGACACUAUAUACCACUACAUAGCACUAGAUACCACUACAUGACACUAUAUACCACUACAUAGUAUUAGAUACCACUACAUAGCACUAGAUACCACUACAUACCACUAGAUACCACUACAUGACACUAUAUACCACCACAUAGUACUAGAUACCACUACAUACCACUAUAUAGCACUACAUAGCACUAGAUACCACUACAUAGCACUAGAUACCACUACAUGACACUAUAUACCACUACAUAGUACUAGAUACCACUACAUACCACUACAUAGCACUAGAUACCACUACAUAGCACUAGAUACCACUACAUACCACUAGAUACCACUACAUAGCACUAGAUACCAGUACAUGCCACUGCAUGCCACAACAUUCCACUACGACACUACAUGCCAUUACAUACCACUACGAACCAUAACAUACCAGUACACAACACUACAUGCCAUUACAUGCUACCAAAUAAUACUAUAUAACAUCACAUAGCACUAUAGACCACAAAAUACUGAGUUCAACAAAUCCAUACAUAGCACUAGAUAUCCUAUCCAUAGUUGUACAAGCAUGUCAUCUUGUGGAUGAUUUCCAUUGUAUUUUAAAAUUAACCCAUAGUUAGAUCAAAGGUCAUGAAAAGAACACAAUUUUUGAUAACGUAUUUAAGUAUCAACUUAAGUAAAGCUGCUUCAGUAAAGCAACUCUUGUAAAGCGACUCUUGUAAAGAAACUCUUGUAAAGCGACUCUUAAUUGGUUGACUGACAACAAUUAAAGGGUAACAGAGCCACGGUAUACAUUUGUUUUUCAAUAGUUGUCAAAUAAGCAGUAUACUCUCCAGCAAGUAUCGUUUAUAGAUCUUGAAUUUCACUGCUUCAGGACAUGUACCAGGGAAUGUUGUUCUAUAAUAUUAAUAAUACAUCACACAAUGUAGACUAUAAAUGAUAAAAUGUAAAGCUAACCAAUAUGCUAGCACCCGGGAGGCGAUUAUUAUAAUGAUCAAAUAUAAAUUGCUUUAUGUGUGUGUUCAUAUGCAUCCUUACUAUAAUGUGGUAGAUUGUCACAUGUUUUGGAAAGAUUGUCUGCAUCAGAUGAAUUGGGAAUGAAAUAAGCGUACUGAACUUUACGUAAUUUUAAUGAACUGUUUGACAAUGAGGUAGUUCCGAAUCUCUGACCUACUUUAUAAAAAGUCAUGUGACUGUGGUCUUAUACAUGGCAAUAAUGGCAAUAUCUUCCUAUGAUAAGAUGUAGAUCUAGAUUUAGUGCUAGCCUAGAUCUAGUAGACCUACUAAAUAAUCAUACAAAUUAGUGAAUUAUUGUAACAUACCUUUUAUUACUUAAAGAUGUCUAGAUCUAGACCAUUUUCAUGUUUAAAUUACAAUGAAAUCAUUGAGGUCAUUAAUGUAAAUAACACACCCACGUGACUGAGAAGAGAUCCGGAACUACCUCAUUCAAGUACUGGACACGCCGUCAAGCAAGCCUCAAUCGUCUGCUUCUCCUGAAAAUCAAUGUUGUUAGCAUUGUUUAAAAUUGUUUUUAUUGAAAAGCUAGUAGUCGUUCUCUGGCACAGCGAGCACUGAGUCAUUAGAAAGCAAAGAUUAGUGCAGCCCGCGUCAACACUGUCAACUGAAUGUUCUGGCACGUGUCUGCAGCCGUACCACCCUCCGAAUUGAAACAGGAAUUUUCUCAGAUGAUCUAUGCCCAUGGGCUCGACGAUCAGUGAAGGGCCAGUAGAGGGACCGGAUUUAGGUGAAGGCAGGCGGGGCUACAGUCCCGGGGGUUCCGUAAGAAAGGGGGCCACUACAAAAGAGAAAAAUAUCUCGGAAUUUCGACUGGUCCGAUGCUAAAAGUAUUUUGUUUCUCAUAUUAAACACUGGCGCUGAUACAGAAGUGACCGCUUGAAGUUGUAGCUUGCUGGGAAUUUGUAAAUACCGGUACAGGUCUGGAUUUACGGUGGUGUACCAAGGGCCUAACCCUCCAGAAACUCAAACUUAAAUACUUUUUUAAAACUAAAAUAUGCUUAUUAAAUAUUGUUUUUGUUUUAAAAGGAAAGCGAUAUUAAAUAUAGAAGUACUGUUUCUUUCUUCUAAAACAUAGCAUGCGUUUAGAUAUAAAUAUUUUUAUUCAUAAGUGGAUCUUUAUUAAAGCUUAAGAAAGAGUGUAGAAGCACCCACAAAAAUCUUAACCCGCGGCCUCAACAUCUUUAAAUCCGGUCCUGGUCAAUAGUCACUGUUAUAAUAUCAGGAUAGAGAUAUUGCUAUCAAUUUCUUUUUUUUUUAAACUCCAGGAGUAUAGAUUCAUGUUUAAUUGUUUUAUUUUUUGGGCAAUGUAUGAUAGUGUUACCGCAAUGUCAAUUUCAUGUUUAAAUUACAAUGAAAUCAUUGAGGUCAUUAAUGUAAAUAACACACCCACGUGACUGAGAAGAGAUCCGGAACUACCUCAUUCAAGUACUGGACACGCCGUCAAGCAAGCCUCAAUCGUCUGCUUCUCCUGAAAAUCAAUGUUGUUAGCAUUGUUUAAAAUUGUUUUUAUUGAAAAGCUAGUAGUCGUUCUCUGGCACAGCGAGCACUGAGUCAUUAGAAAGCAAAGAUUAGUGCAGCCCGCGUCAACACUGUCAACUGAAUGUUCUAGCACGUGUCUGCAGCCGUACCACCCUCCGAAUUGAAACAGGAAUUUUCUCAGAUGAUCUAUGCCCAUGGGCUCGACGAUCAGUGAAGGGCCAGUAGAGGGACCGGAUUUAGGUGAAGGCAGGCGGGGCUACAGUCCCGGGGGUUCCGUAAGAAAGGGGGCCACUACAAAAGAGAAAAAUAUCUCGGAAUUUCGACUGGUCCGAUGCUAAAAGUAUUUUGUUUCUCAUAUUAAACACUGGCGCUGAUACAGAAGUGACCGCUUGAAGUUGUAGCUUGCUGGGAAUUUGUAAAUACCGGUACAGGUCUGGAUUUACGGUGGUGUACCAAGGGCCUAACCCUCCAGAAACUCAAACUUAAAUACUUUUUUAAAACUAAAAUAUGCUUAUUAAAUAUUGUUUUUGUUUUAAAAGGAAAGCGAUAUUAAAUAUAGAAGUACUGUUUCUUUCUUCUAAAACAUAGCAUGCGUUUAGAUAUAAAUAUUUUUAUUCAUAAGUGGAUCUUUAUUAAAGCUUAAGAAAGAGUGUAGAAGCACCCACAAAAAUCUUAACCCGCGGCCUCAACAUCUUUAAAUCCGGUCCUGGUCAAUAGUCACUGUUAUAAUAUCAGGAUAGAGAUAUUGCUAUCAAUUUCUUUUUUUUUUAAACUCCAGGAGUAUAGAUUCAUGUUUAAUUGUUUUAUUUUUUGGGCAAUGUAUGAUAGUGUUACCGCAAUGUCAAUGAUUAUUGCAGAUUUGUGUAUAAUUUGAGCAUCAUUAUAAUCAUGAUUAAUCCUACUCACAUUUGAACUGUAUAGUGUGACCCAUCCUUGCUGUGUGGCAAUAGUGGGACUGUCAACACGUAACUUCAUCUUAUCAUUUAUCAGGAUGGCUGCCUGGUCGUGCGGUUUGUCGUUCAGAUUUAUUGAUGGUCCAGGGUUCAAACCCUGCCCGCUCCCAUCCCUCGUCGUCCUGCGGGAGGUUUGGACUAGGAAGUAAUUAUCUUCAACUCUGAAGGAACAUCCGAAACACGUAAAACAUUUAAUACUAUGGCAAUUGUGUGGAAAUACGGAACCGGUCGUCCUAUAAGGCCUGAACACUGACCUGCGACGUCACAACAUUUGGGCAGUGAAGAACUAUAGCUCGUUGACACGUUGUACAGGCAUAAGCCUUGUGAACGAGAUAUUGUUCUUCAAUGCCCACAGGCUGCGAGUGUCGAAGGUCAGGCCUUCUAGGACGAUUGUUCCCGGGUGAUACAUUGUGGUGAACAAGAGAGAAAAAAAAGUCAUGUGAUGGUCACGUGAUAAUAAUGUGAUCAGUUAUGUAAAUAUGUGUGAUAACAGGAUAUAAACAUUGUGAUGCAUUUUUUUUUAUCAAACUUUACUCUGUGUAUAUUUGAACGUGUGUACAUUUGAUCGUGUGUACAUUUGAACGUGUGUACAUUUGAACGUGUGUAUAUUUUGAACGUAUGUACAUUUGAACGUGUGUACAUUUGAACGUGUGUAUAUUUUGAUCGUGUGUACAUUUGAACGUGUGUACAUUUGAACGUGUGUACAUUUUAACGUGUGUACAUUUUAACGUGUGUACAUCUGAACGUGUGUGCAUUUGCAUUACGUUUUGACCAAGCGUAGCGCAUCGAUCUGUGUGAUAUGAGACCACACUGUGCAAUUAGUUGUAUCUUUAUGUUGACGUAUUCUUCACAUUUGACAUUGUAAUCGUUUGGGUUCUCAAGUGAAGGGGGACUCAGUGUAAGAUAUGUGGCUUCUUUAACCAAAGAUUUUUGUUUUCAUAUACACAACUUUUAAAGUGUUGGAAGGAUUCCCAAAUGGACCUCAUUCACCAAUCGUAAACAAACAACUUUUAGCCACGUGGUGCUCUAUCUCUUCUAUAUAAUUUACGAUCUCAUGUUUAAUUCAUGAUGGUUGUCACGUGACAGUUUUUUUUCCCGUUGUUUUAUCAAUAAGAUCACGUGACUAAAUGUUUGUUGACGAUUGGUGAAUGAGGUCCAUUUCCUUGUACGCACCUUCCGGGUGUCCUUUGAAACAAAAUGUUUAGCUUCAGUUAAAAGUUGUCAUCCUGACCAAUGGUUUAGCGGGCUAGUGGCAAAGAGUUUCAUAAUUUUACGAACAGGACGACCUCAUGCAAAGCUGAAGAUAUUGCUGUAAAUCUAGUCGCAUAGUUAGUUGUAAAGUUAGCUGUAAAGUUAGUUAAUUUAGAUUAAAACUAGUUGCAAAAUUAGUUGUAAAGUUACAUAAAAGUUAUUUGUAUAGUUAACUGUAAAGUUAGUUGUAAAGCUAAUCGCAAAGAUAGUUGUAAAGUUAGUUCUUAAGUUAGUUGUAAUGUUAGUUAUAAAGCUAGUUGCUAAGCUAGUUAUGUUGAACACAGAAUGAGAUCCACUUUGACUUCAUUAGGGCACCAUGUGUUGCAAGAGGGAAUCUCUAUAAGGCGUUUGUUUGUAAAGAAUUGUGUAAAGAUCUAUAUUUGUGUAUAUGUAUAUAUAUGUAUGUGUGUGUUUGUCAGUGAGUCGGUGAAUGAGAGUGUGGACUUGAGUUUAAUUAUCGUACAAUGCCAUCACGCUCUUAAGCGGGCCUUAUUUGCAAUGUGUAUACUAUUUUGCAAAUUUAUCUUUUAAUCUUUUUAUAAUGGCACAAUAUGAAGCGAAUUUGUAUAUUUUAAAACUUCAGCGUCCCCCAUUUUAGGUGUAUUUUUUGCAUUAAUAAUAAAAGGCUAUUAAUACAUCA